AUGAACUUUGAAAAUAAAGUACCGGAUAAUACCAGUCGAAAUUUGAUCGAUUUAUCACAAGCUACUACCUCGGAAGAUAAUAGUUCAGUUCUUUCUUAUACUAACGAAGCAAAUAUAUUGCACACAGAUCAAAAUGAAAUCAAAAGAAGUAUCUCGAAAUGUCAAGUACAAACCAAUAGCGACGCAUUAAUAGAAAAAUCGGACGAUUGUUCAGAAGUUUUGUGUAAACGACAAAAAUUAAAUGAAAGUGUAUGGAAUACCAGUGAAGGAAAUGACAAUACAGUGACGUUUCAAACCAACAAAUUAUUAGAACAGGAAAAUUAUCGUUUGAUAAAUGCGUUAGUUAAGAACGAAUCAUCGAAUUCAAAUUUAGAAAAAAAUUCAGAAACUGCUAAUAAUUACCAAUCUAAUCCAUGUAAACAUAAAUUUGAAUUUUGAACAGAUAAUUUGAAUAAACGGGAAGCUAGUAACGAGGAUGAAUGGGAUGAACAAGAAGAAGAUGAAGAUGAAGAUGAGAACAAUAAAAAAAUAGCUGAUUAUUUAAAAUUAAGGGAAAAAUUUUCUAAUUGGCAUAUUGUACCAGAAGUGAUAAAUCGCCAAAUAGGUAGCAAUCCAUUAUUCGAAAGACGAUUUUAUAGUUCUUCGUAUGCAAUAGAGCAGUUCCAACUUAUGUAUAAACUUUAUUUACGCGUUUCGGAUGAUAAUAACAUAAAUAUCUUAAAUUUCAAUCACAAAGGAAAUUUAUUAAUGUGUGCCGUUAAUAAUGAGAUUUUCAUUUGGGAUUGGGCUGUAGGGAAAAAAAGCUUUUCUUUUACAAAUAAUGAUGACAUCUUCUUUAUAGAUGCCAAGUGGCUGCCAUUGGACAAUUAUGUGGCUCUUUCUAGUACAGAUAAUCGAAUACGUUUGUUAGAUAUUGAAAGCGACAUGUCGACGAAAUUGUUGAUGCAGAAUGAAGGGUUUCACAAAUUGGCUGUGCAUCCUGAAACACCUCAUGUAAUUCUUUCAGCUGGAUCAAAAGUGUUAUCAAUAGAUAUCCGGGAAAGCAAACCAAAAGAGUUACUUGAAGUAAAGGAAAAUUCAUUAAAUGUACUAUUACACAGUAUAGAUUCUAAUCCUUCAAAUAGUAAUGAAUUUUGCGUUGCUGGUCAGUCUUACUGUGUUAUGGCAUACGAUCGGCGAAAAGUUUCAGAACCGCUUUACAAACUGUGGCCUUAUGAUGUAGUACGUCGUUUUGAAAAUGAUGAACUUGUAACGACUGCUACGUAUAACUAUAACGGAACAGAAAUUCUGGCUUCCUAUAAUAGCAAGGGUUUAUUUCUGUUUAAUAAAUUAAUAACGUCAUUACGUGGAGAUUACGGUCAUAUGUAUCAGAAUGUUACGCUUGCCUUUUGUUGGUUGAUUACAGUAUUUGACGGUAUUUUUUUCGGACCUAAAAGUGAAUAUAUUGUAGCUGGAACCUAUCAGAAUAUAUCUAUUUGGGAAAAAAAUUUGGAAUCUGUCAUAGAAUAUAUGGCAGCAGAUUUUCACCAUGUAACUUGCUUGGAGAGUCAUCCGCAUAUUCCCAUUCUUGCGACAUGCGGAUAUGAUGAUAACGUUAAACUGUGGGUAUCUUCGAAAGGAAAACUUUCGGUAAUGGGAUCAGAUGGGAAGCAUUUUUUUGCGGAUUUUUAUCCACUAUAUUACUAUUCAAAUUCAAGUGAAGGCCAAGAUGAUACCAAUUACAUUCAUGUCAGUGAUAAUGGUAGUAACUUUGGGUCGAACAACUCCGUCGAGGAUAAUCUACCCGAUAGUGGCGACGUUGAAUAG